AUGAAGGCAGGAGCCGCCGAGUACUCCUCAUCCGACUCUGAAGAGGAAGAUGACGACCUUCUCAUACCCUCAACCGACCCAAACGCCGACGAGUUUGCCGACUUCAACCCUCGCAAACGCCGCCGCACCGGCCGCAAUGCCAAAGAGAGCGCUGCGCUUGGUAUUUUCGGUUCCGAUAGCGAAGAUGAGCGCCCUGGUCAGCGAUGGAAGCGGAAGACUUUGCGGAGCAAAGGCGUGAGUUUCGUGUCGCAGAAAGAGAAUGCGCAAGACUCGGAAGACGGCGACCAACCGGACGAAGACGAUGACGAGGAUAUGGAUACGAUGAAGGCGCCUGCCAUCGAGGACGAGGAUGAAGACGACGAGGAAGGGGACACUCCAGGAGUUGGUCUGGGCUUUGGCGGUUCGGCCGCUCAAGGGCUUGGCUGGGCACCACCCACGCAAACGCAGUUUCCUAUGAAGACCAAGUUCUUGAGCACGCCGUCGAAAUCCACCACGAAGACGAGAUUUGACAACACUGCGCCUUUGGGCCAGGGGUUCGUUCCAUCCUCUGCGUACGAACCUGUUCUCAAUGUUACCAAUGAUGCCUCUCCGACGCCUCAGGUGGCUCGGCCCAGUGCAUUCUCCUCCAAAUCCGGCAAGCCUGGGAAAUCUGGAAGUGGCAAGGUCAAUCCCAAGUCAUUUGGUGCUCGGAUGAUGGCUAAGAUGGGCUACGUGGAGGGCCAAGGUCUGGGUAAAGAAGGACAGGGUCGAAAUAUCAUCAUCGAAGCCAAUCUGAGACCACAAAACAUCGGCUUGGGUGCAGUAAAAGAAAAGACAUUACAAGAGCGAGAAGAGGAGAAGAGACAAGCAAGAUUGCGCGGAGAAGUCGUCAUUGACUCCGAUGAAGAAGAAAAGAAGAGGAAAGCAGCCAGGAAGAAGAGAGCGCAGGCAAGCGGGAUCAGCAGUGGCAUUGGAAGCGGUGCCAGCACUCCCCGACGGCAGAAGUCUAAAUUCAUGACCCUAGAUGAGGUAAAAAAAGCCGCUCCUGGCUUAAAUAUUCCCGAUGCUUUCACGCCGAUCUUGGAUCUUACGGGUCCUGGACAAAAGAUGCUGACCUCUUCGUCUGGCUUGAUGACGCCAACUGGUGGCACAAGUGCGGAAAGCGUAGAGCAAGCUGAAUCGCGCAAAUUGGCGCGUCGCGCGCAAAACGACUUUAUGGCUAUUUUGGAGGAGUGGCAGAGCUUGCAAGAACGAAAAGCCUUCGCUGAACUUCAACUGCAACAGGAACGCCAGGAACUAGGAGAGUUGGACAAAGCGCUCGAGGACCAUCGAUCGAUUGCGAGCGUCUUUAAUGAACUAUCUAUUUCCGAAGAAGGUCUCGCAGAAGUGGGCAAGGAACUCAGACAGCGUUGGGACAGAGUUGUGUCGCUCCUACGCAAGGCGAAUGAGGCAACAUCAGAUCUGACCAUCAAGGCCAUGAAGGAUGAAAUGAGCUUUAUUGCUAUUGCAGCGCUACACCCUCUAUUUCGAGAAGCAGUACAGCCAUGGGACCCUCUGGAGGAAUCAACCCCCUACAUGGUUGCGGACCUGAUUUCCAUCAAAGGGAUGCUCGGGUUUGAGUCCUCUCUAACGAGACAUCAUCGACGCUCUGCGGCAACUCCCUACGAAAGCAUGAUGUAUAAGUUGUGGCUACCGCACGUAUCUCGCGCUGUGCGAGAUUGGAAUGUACGCGAGGCCGACCAAAUGCUUUCUGUGUAUGAAGCAUGGGAGAAACUACUUCCUGGCUUUGUGCGAAGCCAACUUCUUGAGCAAGAUAUCGUCCGAAAGUUGGACGAAGCUGUUGCCAAAUGGGAGCCGAAGAGGAAGAAGCAUCAUAACCUACCUCACCUCUGGAUAUUCCCAUGGCUGCAAUAUCUUCCUGCGCAUCACCUCGAUCCCAAGAGCUCCACGGGUCUUGUCUCUGAUGUGAAGAGAAAGUUCCGUCAGCUCAUCGAUGUCUGGGAUUUCGAUCAUGGAGUCAUCAAGGGGCUGAAGCAGUGGAAAGAUGUUCUUCGGCCUAACAAGUCUAACGAUCAAUGGUAUCCCCUCGUUAUGAAUCACAUACUCCCCAGCAUGGGCCGUUAUUUGCGAGCAAACUUCCGUGUCGACCCAAGCGAUCAAGAGACCUAUCUUCCCAUGUUGACGGGCGUGUUAAAGUGGCUGGACAUCAUCUCGCCUACGAUGAUUGGCGAAGUCAUAGUCGCCGAGGUCUUUCCGAAAUGGCACGAUGUGCUGUACCAGUGGCUUAUCAUGGAUGAUGCCAACUAUGAAGAGAUCGGGCAGUGGUUCGAAUGGUGGCAUGAUGAAGUUUUUCCCGCGGACAUCAAGGAGUUACCUUCUAUCGCUGCCGAGUUUGACAAGGGCACUGCAAUGAUCGAGGAGGCGUUGAACCUCGGUGAGAAUGCGAAAUCCCACUUGGUUCCUCCCCGAAAAGGCCCGGCCUUUGAGGUCAAGAAAACAGCCAAGGAGCCUCAACACAAACACCGCCAUCAUCCAGCAUCAGCGCCUAUUAUUCAAGAACCCGAGAAGAUCAGCUUCCGAAGUGUUGUGGAAGACUGGUGCCAGGAGAAUGACCUUCAGUUCAUACCGGAACGUAAAAAGGUCCACACAGAGGGCCCACUGUACAGGAUUACAGCGAGAGGAGAUGGGAAAGGUGGUGUCUUGUCUUAUUUCAAAGGCGACAAGCUCUGCGUGCAGACAAAGAAUGGGUUGGAAGAGUUUACUGGUGAUCGGGGCUCAGAUUGGGACCGAUUGAUGACAUUGGCAUUGUAG